UACCAAUUUUAGUUCAACUAUUAAUAGAUCAAUUUGAGGCUUCUCGAACUCAGUUGUACCUUUAUAACACACAGCUUUAAAGACUCAGGUCUUAACAUCAUUUUCUGCAUUAGUAUAUAUACAUAUAUACAUAGUUGUUGAUGAGUCUUCAUCAUGAAUGAAUUUAUUGAAAAUGAAGUUUGCGCUAUGUGUAAAUCACCGGCAAAACAAAAGUGUAGUGGUUGUAAAACAAUUUUUUACUGCAGUCGUGAACAUCAAAAACGUCAUUGGAAAGAACAUUCAAAGAAUUGUACAUCAUUUCAACUUGCUGAAGAUGAGAAGGUUGGACGAUAUUACAUGGCAACAAGAAGAAUUGUAGCUGGCGAUGUAAUAUUACAUGAAGAAAAGCCUCUUGUUGCUGGACCACUUCAGGAUACUUUGCCACUUUGCUUAAAUUGUUAUGUAAUUCUUAGCGUUGAAAGUUCUAAACCUUGCGAUAAAUGUGGUUGGCCAUUGUGUACAAAUUGUCAAGAACAUGGUCCAGAAUGUAACUUUACAAUAAAGCAUAAAGACACCAAAAUAUCAAUAACAGAUUUUGAUUAUCCACAUCCAACUUAUAAUUGUAUUACUGUAGUGAGGGCAAUGUGUUUAAAGGAAUCUGAUCCUGAUGCUUAUGCAAGAUUACUAAAUCUCGAAGGUCAUUGCACAGAAUCAAAUAGCAAUGAUCAAUUUAAUUUUGAUGAAUGUAGAAAUAUUGCACAAUUUAUAAAACGAGUUUUCAAAACAACUGAAUUUACGGAAAAUGAAAUCGCCAAAAUUGCUGGUAUAUUAAAGAUUAAUGGCCAUGAAGUACCAAUAACUGAACCAGCACACAUGGCUGUUUAUGAUAGUGGAUCAUUUUUUGAACACAGUUGUCGUGCUAAUUGUUCAAAAAGUUUUACAGAAAAUGGAGGAAUAAUUAUUCGUGCAGCUUUUCCAAUUUCAAAAGGUGAACACUUAACAAUUUGUUAUACUGAUCCCUUAUGGGGAGUUAUUAAUAGAAGACAUCAUUUAUUACGUACAAAAUUUUUCGAGUGCACGUGUCAAAGAUGCAUUGAUCCUACAGAAUUUAAAACAAUGUUCAACGCUUUAUUAUGCAGUAAAAGAGAAUGCAGUGGUUUUAUGCUUCCAAGAUCAUUUAUUAUUAAUAAGGAAGAGCGACCCGAUUUUAUAUGUAAUAUUUGUAAUUUUUCAAUAUCAUGGGAUGUGGCAGAGCAAAUUAUUGAAAAAAUAGGAAUUGAUCUUUCACAAAUAAAAAAGGGUGACAUACAAGCAUGUAAAAUAUUUCUUGAACGUCAUUCAAAGACACUUCAUGAAAAUCAUUUUUAUAUGAUAGAUGUAAAACUUGCAUUAUCACAAUUAAUUGGUCAAGAAAAAAUGUUGACAAAUACUGAAAUUGAAUUGAUAAGUGAAAAAAUUCUACUUUGUAAAAAGCUUAAUGAAUUAUUUGGUAUUUUAGUACCCGCUGAAAAUCGAUUAAGAGGUCUCAAUUUAUUUGAAAUGCAUGCAGCAAUUGCUGAAUUUGGAAGACGACAAGAACAAAGUGAACUUCGAGCAAUUUUAAUGGAAUCGAGAAGAAUAUUAACGGAGGCAUACAAGUUUUUGCGUCAUGAACCAGAAAUACUUCCUGAAGGAAAAAUUGCCAUACAAGCAAGAAAUAAUAUACUUGAAAUGGAUGUGAUUAUAAAAGCAUUAUGUCAAGCUUCAAUUGCUCCAAUAUAAAUGAGAAAAAAAUGUAUAAUAGUUUAUAGUAGGAAAUUUAAUAAAAAAAAAAAUUGAAAAA